AUGAACAGGAGGUCAUGCAGAAUGAGCCACCCGACCACUUGUAUUCCUCAUGUACCUGUGCUGUUCAGUGGUCAGGAGAUCCCACUUAUCUGCGUUCAUGCAGAAAUGCCCUGCCCAUCAUCAGGUAACAGCAGCCCAAGCCCAGCUAUUGGAAACAUGUUCACUGGUGUACAAAUCAAAGAGACCUCUUCAAGAGGAUUAAGUCCUCAGAGCCUCAUCAUUAACAGUACAAUUCACCUUCCUGCUUUAAGUCCCAGGAGACAAGUGGUUACAAAUGGGAAGCCUUUAUUGCAAGGUCCAGGCCCACAGUCUUUGAUGACAAAACAGCAGGAAUUUGGAAACAUAUUUUCACCACAUCCAAAGAAGGGCAGUCUUGGUUAUGGAUCCCAAUGCAAGUCCAUUGGAAAAAGCAGCUGCAGCAAUCUAGAAUUCACCAGCAGUCCCAUGACAGUUCAGCAGCUGGGACCUGUUUCGCCUCCUACUAGUCGAGUUUCAACAGCAUGCAGCCAGAUCAGCCCUCACUUACAGAGGUCUAUGGAUGUUUCCAGCCUGAGUACUCCUCCAUCAGAUACAAGGUCACUGUUGUCACACAAGUCUCUGGACUCUGCAACAUCAAGCUUGUCAGAAAGUCAGUUGACUUUGACUGUUAAGCAAGACUGGUCACAUGGGUAUGAGAUACUUCAUUCUGUUCCACUUGAUCAAGGUUUACAAAAUGGCAGUGUGCUGGGGAACUUACUAAAUUUUCAACCUGCACCGUCUGUGUCCACUAACUGCAUAUCUAGUCCAUUACCAUCCUACCUACUUGGCAUGGAAAAUAGUCACUCCUCUAAUCCUAUUGCUUAUCAUUCCUUCUCCCAGUCUCAAUCUGCCCGCUCCAAAAAGAAAGCACUCUCUCCUCUGUCUGAUGGCAUUGGGUUUGACUUCAAUACAAUCAUUCGUACAUCCUCUACUUCUUUAGUGGCCUGUAUCAACGGCUCCAGGACUUCACCAGCUAAUGUUUCCCCACAGCCUGAGGUCUAUGGGCAUUUUCUGGGAGUGAGAGGCAGCUGUAUACCCCAAAACUGCUCUGUGCCAGCUUACCAGAAAGGCCUUCUCAUGGCUAAUUGCAACAUUGCCUUCCCAGAGUUUGUUGAGAAUGGAGCUGGUGAGUACCAGAGAAUGCAGCAGCUGGAGCAAGUCAGCCUGCAGACAGACAUGAUGACUAACAUGGUGAUCCAACAGGGCAUGUUUCCUGUGAACAGCCAAGCAGUGGAUGCCCUGAAAAAUGAACAAUUGGAUGACUUCUCAGGUCAUACUAUUGAUAUGCCUCCUCCACCCCCACUGCUACCACCUACUCCACAAGGACCACCACCACCAUACCAUGCUCACCAGCACCAGCUUCCUCAAAGCCUCCCUGGUCCUGUCCACCCUCUGCCUGUGCCUCCUUCUGCUCCAGACCCACAGCUCGAAGAAGAUGGAGACCUGAACGAUUUUAAUGGCAAGCAUGGCUGUCGUUGGAUUGAUUGCAACAUGCUGUAUGAUCAGCAAGAGGAACUUGUGCAACACAUUGAGAAGAUUCAUAUAGACCAAAGGAAGGGAGAAGACUUCACGUGCUUCUGGGCAGGCUGUCCAAGAAGGCUCAAGCCAUUCAAUGCAAGGUAUAAACUGCUAAUUCACAUGAGAGUUCACUCAGGAGAGAAGCCGAACAAAUGCACAUUUGAAGGCUGCAAGAAGGCCUUUUCCAGGCUAGAAAAUCUCAAGAUUCACUUAAGGAGUCAUACGGGUGAAAAGCCAUAUCUUUGUCAAUACCCCGGCUGCCAGAAAGCCUUCAGCAACUCCAGCGACCGUGCCAAGCACCAGAGGACACACCUGGACACUAAACCUUAUGCAUGUCAGAUUCCAGGAUGUACUAAACGAUACACAGAUCCAAGCUCUCUGAGGAAACAUGUGAAAGCACAUUCUUCCAAAGACCAGCAAGUUAGGAAAAAGUUGCGAUCGAGCUUAGAGUUUGGACAGGACAUCCUGAAUGACUGCCUCACAAUCCAUCCCUUCCAGACAGCACCAUCACCACACAAUGCUGUGAAUAAUGCAAUGGGACACUCCCCAGGUCCUGCUCAUGACAUUUACUCAGUGGCCGUGUUCCCCAGAAUGCAGACAAGUGGAAGUGGAACAGCGGCUGGGGCAGUGUCCUUGUCCCAGCCCAGCAGCCACCCCUCCCCAGGAUGUAACGUACAGAGUAGUUCUCUCCAUCCUUCUUCCCAGUUAUCCCUUUUCUCAGUUGCAGACUCUGAGAGGUUUGUUGCUCUGACUUCUUCUCCUCAACACAUCAGCCCCCAAAGAAUUUCAGUUCCUCCUCCCAUGAUGCAGAGACAGACUCCACAGCCUCCUCAUCUUCAGCAGCCUUCUGGAAUGCACCUAAAGACAUACGAGUCAGCAUCAAACCCUUUUCAGCCAAAUAGUCUCCACAUCCAAGGCUUUUAUGGACAGCUUCAGACUUUCUGCCCUCCACAUUAUCCUGACACUCAGAAGAAUAUACAACACAAUGUUUCUUGCAGUAUGGUUCCUCCCUUUGAAGAAUGUUUAUUUCCUGCAUCAGUGGGUCAGGCAGGACUUGGUGUCUUACAUCGAACUUUUUCAGCUCACUCUGGUAUUACAGUUUAUGAUUUUCCAGCAGAGUCCACAAGUGUCUUCGGUGAUUCGACCAACAGUGUGCCAGAGGAUAGCAGUUUCCUACAAAUAAAUGCAGUGGAUCGUUGUCCCCCUCAGCUUUCUUCUGUCUACACUGAAGGCUAAAAUCAUCCAACUCUAAUGAGAACCUGAUUCCAUUCAUAUUACCCUUUUGAUAUUUCUCUACAAAAUUUUUCUCUCCGUAAAAAUGCUGUAUGAAUAUUGGUGGAUAAACAUACACGCUGAAGAGGAAAAGAAAUCACCAAGCAUUCGUCCUGUAAUCAGGCAGCCGUCUGAGGAGAACACUUGGAAAAAGAAAAUUUUGCCAAAACCUUAGCAAUUGUUUAUUUUCUU